AUGUCCUCUGAAUCAAAUUCAGACGACCCCUACUUCGAGGACCGCUUGAAGGUUGCCGUUACUCUUAUGCCCACCGAAGCGGGUACCCAUUUCGCUGGACAAUGUAAGGCUCCAGCUGCUUUCCUGGAACGUGGAGGACUCGAGCACAAAUUAAAUGACGCGGACCUAUGGGGAGGCAGUUACGGCUCCCAAACGGCGUAUGGUAUCUUUUCCGAUACCGAGACCGAAGAGGCAAUUUCCUGGAAGCCUUCGCCCAAAAUUGAAGGGGUCCGUAAUCUUUCGAACGCGCUCAAGGUCAUGCAAGAAAUCAAAGCAAAAUUGGCAACAAGCUUCGGAUUAAUCUACGUAGACGGAGACGUCGACCUAACACUACCUUCGCAGACCUCAACCGAAGGCUCUAGCGGUAUCCUAGAUUCCAUGGUCAUGACCCAUCUGACAAGGCGACGAGGCGGAUUGGAGAGUAUGGAGCAGUUCAACAACCCAAAAGGGUCCCCGCUUGUCAACCCCGAGAACAUCGUACUUUUCGGGUUUGAUCCCCUUCAACCAGCAACAGAACAUUGGGUCUACCUUCUCGAAAACGGGUUCAAAUGCUUCAGCCGUCCGACGGUCGAGAAAGACCCCAUCGAGUGUGCAAGGCAAGCAGUAUCAUGGCUUGAAGAAAGAGUCGACGUUAUCCUUCUCCACUUUGAUGUCGAUGUCAUAGACUCAGGUCUCUUUCCCUUGGCUAAUUACCCUCAUUAUGCAGGACUGGAUUUUGACACCGCGAUGGAUGCUGUUACCGUCUUCAUUGAAAGCCCUAAGGUCCUCUCGAUGGUAAUUACAGAGGUGAACCCGAAUAAUGACUCUUUGGGAAUGAUGAUCACACAAUUGGUUGACCGACUGGUCACGGCUUUGCGAGCAAAACGAGAGGCUCCCAGGCGUACGGAAAGUGUGCGGCGUGUCGAUCGGGGCUCAACCUUGAGUGCAGAUGACCGCUUGUAUCUCAGCUAG